AUGUGGCGCUCGGGACCUAUCUCUCUCUCUCUAUCCAUCAAUACAUCUCUCCUUAACUCUCUAUCCAUCUAUGGAUGUGAGGGUCUCUCUCCCUCUCUCUAUCUUUCUCAGUCUGUUCAUAUCUAUCUAUCUAUCUAUCUAUCUAUCUAUCUAUCUAUCUAUCUAUCUAUCUAUCUAUCUCAGUCUGUUCAUAUCUAUCUAUCUAUCUAUCUAUCUAUCUAUCUAUCUAUCUAUCUAUCUAUCUAUCUAUCUAAAUACGAAGAAGGUCCUGAAAAAACUAUUCAGCAGAUCCUUAUAUGUUCUUUCUUUCUUUCUUUCUUUCUUUCUUUCUUUCUUUCUUUCUUUCCCAAUCUAGCUAGCUCACUGUGUUCUUUCUUUCUUUCUUUCUUUCUUUCUUUCUUUCUUUCUUUCUUUCUUUCUUUCUUUCUAAAUCUGCCCAUAUCUAUCUAUCUAUCUAUGUUCAUAUCUAUUUAUACGAGCGAGCAACCAGUUAUCUAUCUAUCUAUCUAUCUAUCUAUCUAUCUAUCUAUCUAUCUAUAUAGUAAAAAAGAAAGAACAGGCGUUGAUUUCUUCAUCGCGGCUUUGAUUCUCUCUCUCUCUCUCUCAUUUCUCUCUCUCUCUCUCUCUCAUUUCUCUCUCUCUCUCUCUCAUUUUCUCUCUCUCUCAUUUCUCUCUCUCUCAUUUCUCUCUCUCUCUCAUUUCUCUCUCUCUCUUAUUUCUCUCUCUCUCUCAUUUCUCUCUCUCUUAUUCUCUCUCUCUCUCAUUUCUCUCUCUCUCAUUUCUCUCUCUCUCAUUUCUCUCUCUCUCUCAUUUCUCUCUCUCUCUCAUUUCUCUCUCUCAUUCUCUCUCUCUCAUUUCUCUCUCUCUCUCAUUUCUCUCUCUCUCUCUCAUUCUCUCUCUCAUUUCUCUCUCUCUCAUUUCUCUCUCUGUCCCUCAUUUCUCUCUCUCUCCCUCUCUCUCUCUCAUUUUCUCUCUCUCUCAUUCUCUCUCUGUCUCUCAUUUCUCUCUCUCUCUCAUUUCUCUCUCUCUCUCUCUCAUUUCUCUCUCUCUCUCAUUUCUUUCUCUCUCUCUCUCAUUUCUCUCUCUCUCUCUCUCAUUUCUCUCUCUAUUCUACUCUUUCUUUUGAUUAUUAUCUCAUUCUCUCUUCUUUUGCUUAUACUUUCUCCUUUUUUUAUACCCUUUUCUUUCUUUCUUUCUUUCUUUCUUUCUUUCUUUCUUUCUUUAUCUAGUUCAUUAAUUCAUUCAUUCUUUCUUUCUUUAGUUCUUUCUUUCUUUCUUUAUCUAGUUCAUUCUUUCUUUCCUUCUUUUUUAUUCAUUAAUUCAUUCAUUCUAUCUUUCUUUAGUUCGUUCUUUCUUUCUUUCUCUAGUUCAUUCUUUCUUUCAUUCAUUCAUUCUUUCUUUCUUUUUUUACUUCAUUCAUUCAUUCUUUCUUUCGUUCAUUCUUUCUUUCUUUCUUUCUUUAGUUCAUUCAUUCAUUCAUUCAUUUUUUAG